AUGGCACCAGUUGGAGCGAGGGAGCAGGACAACCACUACAAGGAACAGCGAACCAAAGCUUUGGAGGACCUGCAGAGGGACUAUGUAGCCGCCAGCGCAAAGGGGCCCAGCGCCUCCUUGCUGAAGACCUGGGAACGCAUGCGCACAAGAAUGCUUGGAUCGACAGUGCCCGUGUUCCCACUCACACCAGACAAGAUGACGAAGGUGGCAGCGGCCUUCAAGGCCCUGGGGUACCGCUCCUACGCCAACUACCUGGCGAAGGCUAAAGAAACUCACAUAUCUAUGUAUGGCACAUGGGGACCUGAACUGAGUCUCGAGGCGAGACUAACCACGAGAAGCAUGACUCGAGGCAUAGGACCGGUCACGCAGCGGAUGCCACUCGACAUUGAGAAGAUCAUUGCGCUUCAGAAAACCGACCCACUGGGACCCAAUCCCGUGGUCGAGGAUGGGCCGUGCGGAGCCCACAAUCUGGCGGUGAUCGGUGUGUUCUUCAUGCUGAGAGAAGCUGAGGCGUCCAUGUUGUUGUACGGGAAUGUCAUGAUUGACACUCAUGGCCAGAUGGUUACGCUGAAGCUACCAAGCAGCAAGACUGACCCAGCCGCUGCGGCUGUGGACCGCUCAUGGGGAUGUGUUUGUGCAACUCACCAGAAGGAGGGAUGCCCCUACCAUACUGCCAUCAACCAGAAAGAGAACUUGCUCCGGAUUCAGAG